GAAGCACACAUGUAUUGAUAUAUACAAACAAAAUCCCUUUUCACAAACACAUACACACAGAGUAAAAAUAGCCGCCGGAGCAAAACCCUAACGAGAAGUAGUAAUAAUGGCGACAGUACCAGGGCAGCUGAUAUGGGAGAUCGUAAAGAGAAACAACUGUUUUCUCGUGAAGGAAUUUGGUAACAACACCCAAAGUGUUCAGUUCAGCAAAGAGCCCAACAAUCUCUACAAUCUCAACUCCUACAAACACUCUGGAUUGGCAAAUAAGAAGACAGUGACAAUCCAGCCGGCGGGUAAGGACCAGGCGGUGUUGCUUGCAACAUCUAAGACCAAGAAACAGGGAAAGCCUGCAAGUUUGCUUCACAAGUCUGUUAUGAAGAAGGAGUUUUACCGCAUGGCCAAGGCUGUAACUAACCAGGUGGUAAACAACUACUACAGGCCAGAUUUGAAGAAGGCUGCUCUUGCUAGAUUGAGUGCAGUGAACAGAAGCCUUAAGGUUUCAAAGUCUGGUGUGAAGAAGAAGAACAGACAGGCAGUUAGGAUCCAUGGUAGGAAGUGAAGCUGUGAUUUGCCUACCGUCUGAUAUUCAUCGUAUCACUUUCUAGCUGUUCCGUCUUGUUUGGCAAGUGUUUGGUUUUACGUGCGAGUAGUUAUAUGUUGCGCAACUGGAUUUGGUUAUAACUUUUGUUAGAGUACAAUUUUGAUGGUUUUGCAAAAUAUUGAUAUUAUAUGCACUGUUCACCUCCUA